UGCUGCUCCUCCUCUCAACACUGUUGCUGCUCCUCUUCUUCUUUUCUUUCCUUUCUGCUCCAUGCCUGCCCAUCUUGCCCCCCUACUGAUCAAUGAAUUUGGCAGUCAACUGCCAACAUUCAAAAAAAAAAAACUGCUGCUCCUCCCUCUUCCCACGUCCUUGCUGCUGCACUGCUUGCGCCCGACCUCUGCUCCUCCCCCUCGUCUCUUCUGCUGCUGCUCUUCCCUGCUGCGCCCUUCUCUCAAUCCCACGCUGCUGCUCCUUCUUCUCCUCAUCAGCCGAUCCCCUUUUCCCCAUCCUCUCCCUCUCUACUCCUAUCCCUAGAUCGAGGUCCAUAACACUCCUCUCCCUGCGCUCCGCGAUACCUCCCGCCGUUCCCCUCUCCAAACCCUCACCCACGCCCACCAGAAGAUUCCCCCAACAACAAUGGCGGAAAACGACUACGAGCGCCUUCGCCAGGCCAACAUCCGGCGCAACCAGGAAAAGCUUGCCCUCCUCCGCCGCAAGGCCGACGAGCUCUCCGCCCUUGCUAAACCUAAGCGAAAGCGACCGUAUCAGGUCAGGCCCAAGGCCCCGACCGGCCCCGUCCGCUCCUCCGGCCGCGCCCGCGGCAUCGCUCCCGACAACCUGCCCCCGGAUCUCAGCCUCUCACCCUCGCUCGCCUCCUCCAUCCUCGGGGGCGGGGCUGGGGCUGGGGCUAAUGUUCGUUCGGCGGACGACUUCGAUGCUGGGAGGGACAUGGUGCUGAUGCGCGCGCACGUGAGAAACGUGGUGCCCUGUAGCAUAGAGUCGAUGCGGGUCCUCCCGCUCGCCGACCGGACCGUGGUGGCGGCGGGAGACAAAAGGGGGAAUAUCGGGUACUGGGACGUCGACGGUGUCUCGGAGGAUGCCGACGGUGUGGAUGGGGUCGUCUUCAGUUAUUGGCCACACAAGUGCCCUGUGUCAGCAAUCGUGGCGCACCAGGCGGCACCACACAAGGUUUACAGCUCUAGCCAUCAGGGUGAAAUUUGUCUUAUGGACUUUGAGAAGGAGAAGUACAGUAUGGUCCAUUUAUGGGAGCGGCCUGUUUAUUCACUUUGUCAAGCACAAAAUAGUGCCCGAUGCCUAUAUUUUGGUGAUGAAAAGGGUGGCUUGACACUUUUCGAUGAGCGCGAGGGUAAGGUGUUAACUACAUGGGAUGUGCAUGAGGAGAAAAUCAACUCAAUAGAUUUUCAUCCGGAGAAGCCACAUAUGCUUGCUACCAGUUCAACGGAUCAAACAGCCUGUAUAUGGGAUGUGAGAAAUAUAAAAAGUAAGGAGCCAGAUAGCCUGAAAGUUUUCAAACUUCACAAAUCUGCUCAGUCAGCUUAUUUCUCACCUAGUGGCCGCAUGUUAGCAGUAACAAGCUCUAGCUACAGCAUUUGUGGUACUGUCCGAGUAUUUUGCGUGGAUGACUUUGAAAAUUCGCAUAGUGUGGAGUAUAAUAACCAGACAGGCAUUUGGCCUUCUGCAUUCAAGGUAAUCUGGGGCUGGAACGACACCGACCUAUAUGACAGUGGCCUCUCGGCUCAGAACAGCUCAGUUCUUAAGAGUGAACACAUGACAUCCAUUCCAAACCGGCUUUCUGCACACCCAUAUAAAGUUGGCUAUCUUGCCUGUUCAAGCUGCACUAGCAAGGUGUACCUUUGGACCAGAGCUUAAAUCAAAAAGAUUUCUAGUAGCUGACUUGUGAACUGUUCCUGGCUUUGUUAUUACCAAGUCAUGCUUGGAAGAUUAUCUGUAUUUUUGGUAGUUGUAACACCUAAUCUUCCUUGACAUCCUGCCCAAGAAAUGUAUAACAUUUGUACUAAGUAUUAUUCUACCAUUUGAUAUUUAAGAUGGUGGACCUGCUGAGUGUUGUGCUACGAGGAAUAGAAUCUCGUGAUGCUGAUAUAAAACCAUAUUCAGUGUUGUCACUGUA